AGGAAGUACUUUACAGACCCGGAAGUAUAUGUUUUUACUAUUUGCGCUGAGAUUCUGGCGGGGAGUUUGAUGCAAACAUUCUGGUAGAAACGCCCUAAAACAACCGGAUUUAGUUCACAGUUACUCCUACAGUGAAAGAGAGACAGUCCCUGCAGUGUAGAACUAAACAACAUGUCAGGACAGGACCUGGUCAGACAGGAGCUCACCAGCUUCAUGCAGACACAUCUCGGGGGAGUCAGUCUGGACUGUGUAGACGAGAUUGUGCUGCAGUACAUGACAGGUGUGCUAGAGGACCUCGGGUCACCAGACUCCUCAGAAGACAGCUUCGAUGUGGACCAGUUUGUGGAGAUGAUGGAGGCCUACCAGCCUGGCUUUGGGCAAAUCGACAGCAUCCAAGUGUGUGAGUGGAUGUUUAAUCUGGCUGGAAAGCUGGCACAGGCAAGAGAAAAAGAAAAUACUCCACCCCCAACUAGAAGCGGCACUGAUGAUUCAACAAAGCCUCUGAAAACAAAGAUGUCAUCUAAAAGACCAGAGGUUGCACAAGAUAACACAAGGCUAGGCAAGGAGAAGAGCAGUAAAAAUCAGGACAAGACUGCGGAAGCAGAGGGAGAAGACAGGGAGAGUUUACAGGAGUUUGAGGAGCAGGUGCGCCUCCUGUGUGAGAUGUUCCCCGCCUGCGCCAGUCUGGAGGCGAAGCACUGUCUGGUGGUGGCUAACGGUGACAUGGAGCACGCUGUACAGCUGGUCAUGGAGAGACAACAGUCGGGGGAGUGUAUGCAGGCUUACCAACCAGGGAAAAAGAGGCAGGCUCUCAGAAGUCAAGACGAUGGGCAUCUUAAGAAGGACAUUAUAGCAAAAUACUCUUACGUAGAUGUUGAUGAUGACAUGAGAGAACACCGACCAAUAGCUCCAAAAUCAGAACCCAAAAAACUUGUUCGCUACCUGAACAACGAGGUGGUGAGCAAGAAGGGGGAACGUUACACCGAGGUCAAGUCACCCGAGACGGAGGACAUGAAAAAAACUUACGUCAACCUAAAACCUGCCAGGAAGUACCGCUUUCACUAAUGGGAGUUAUCUCACCAACCAAAAACAAGGUGUUUUUAUUGUGACAAAUUAUGCCUAGGAAAAAAAUGUUGUGUUUCCUGUUUCCCGACCGACCCUAGCCUUUUUUUGUGCAAGGGACAUACAUUUUUGAGGUGAUCGACCUUUUCUAGCUGUAUGAUCUGACAUCCAAGGGAUGGAACUUUGUACAAUCGCUUUCCCAACAUUGGCAUUGAAAUUGUGUUGGCAUGAAAUUUUUACUUUGUUAAACUGUAUUGUAUAAGUUGGAUCACUAGAUUAUCAAAGUCAAAAAAAGAAAAAAAAGAGAAUCCUUACCUUCAGACCCUAAUUUUCUUAAGGACCGAGACAUGAAACACAACAUUUUUUUCCAAGGCCUUAACUUGGUGAAUGGAAGGCUGGAUGAAUCCUUAUUAUAGUAUCGCUGGUUAUGUAACGUGCAUGGCUGAAUAGCUGUGUUCAAAGAUGGGUUAAGCACACAGUAUUAGUUCUGGUGUCACUUAUGUUGCAGUUAAGGAAUCUUAUGCACUGUUUUUUUAUUUCUUUUACAUCUUUGGGAAACAGUCUACCUUUCUGUGUAUUUCUGGUUUGUACAUUGCAGCAAGACAAUAUUUAUCGAGUUCUUAGUUAUUUAGUUUAACAAAGGUUGACAUUUGUUUACCAUUUCUUUUAAAGGCAUCCAAUGCAAUUUCACGGCAGCAAAACAGAAAAAGUCUGGAUGAGUAAAUCUGUCUGAUAUUAACAUUUACCACCAAUU